UCAGAGCUGGAAGGGGAACAGACAAGGAAGUCCCAUUGAGGGUUGAGGUUUGUGGGAAAAAGAACUCCUUCCUUCCUUCCUUCUCCUCCAGAAGUAGAGCUCGUAUUUAUAGCGACUUCGUAGUUGAUUAAUGAAUGUCGUUCUGACUUCUGCGACCAACGGAUUCAACGCCUCGUUCUUCUAUUUCCCUAGAUUCUACGUUUCCGCGAUGUUGUCGACAUUCAUUUGGUAAAUUGGGGCUUUCUAUGUUAUACACCUCAGGUUCUUUAAGUUGGAAAUCAUAGGCUUUGUUUGAGCUGAAUACAAGUACACGGAGGGAGUAAUUUGUGACUCGGAUCAAUUUCUAGGGUUUUCUACGAAAUUCGAUCAGAAUCAGAGCCAGCCCAAUAUAUAAAAUCGACAGUAGAUCUGUUGUCCAUUGUUGGUUGGUUCCGUUUCCUUAUGUGUCUGGUUGAGAAAUUUGGUUAAGGUGAUGGAAAAAGAAAAGAUGGGGAUCCAAGCAGAUUCUGCCCAUGAAGGUGCUCCUGCUUCAAGCUUAGAGCCAGCAGAAGUUGAGAGGAAAGCUCGGGUGGAUGCUGUAUGGGAGCAAAUGAGUAAAGGGGUAUCUGUUAAGAUACUGAAAUCUGUCUCUGUCAAGUGUAGUUCAACUGUUAAUAAACCUACACAGAAGAGUUCCACGAGUUGGAUGGCAUAUUUGGGACUGGCACCUAAGAAGGCAGCAUCCCCUGUGCAAGAGAAGCAACCCACCCCUACUCCAGUUCAUAAUGGCAACAGUGAUGAGGCCAAGAGACUUGCUGCUGCUGCCUUGUCAGCAGUCAAGGAUGCAGCUGCUUCAGCUGCCACUUCAGGCAAGGGCAAAGUUGAGAUCACAGAGGUUCGAGACUUUGCUGGUCAAGAUAUUGAAGUAAAGAAACUGGUUGAUGCCAAUUCGAAGGAGGCUUCUGAAAAGAGCAGAGCCACUCCUUCUGCGGUCGAUACAGUUCUUGAACAGAUUAGGAAAAAGCAAAAGCUAAGUGUGCUGGACAAGACAAAGAAGGAUUGGGGAGAGUUCAAAGAAGAAAACAAGGGACUGGAAGAGGAGUUGGAUGCUUAUAAGAAGAGCUCAAAUCAGUAUUUGGAAAAGGUUUCAUUCUUGGAGCGAGCAGAUUAUAGGGAAUUUGAGCGAGAGAGAGAUGUCCGGCUUGCUGUGCAGGCCAAGAGGAAGCCUGAUAUGCGGGACGAUCCUUGACUGCAUGGUAUGCUUCGAUUACUUGCGCACACACCCGAGUAGUGGUCAUUUCAGCAUAUUGAAAGGGGAAGAGGAGUGUGACUUUAUCCAUGCUUUUAUGUGAUCCGUUGCACAAGCUGUCCUACUAACCAUUAUUGGCAAAUUUGGAGAAGAAUGCAUCAUCUUUAUCUUUAGCGAGCCUUAUAUUCACUCUUUUUGCCUUUUGGCGAUUGAUUUGGAUCCAAAACUGGAAGGAGCUUCGCAUGAUGAUGGGGUGGUUGGUGGUUCCUUUUCUCCCACUUCAUAUUGUCUGGCUAUGUAUGUCACAACAUUAGCUUAUUCCAGAAUUUUUCCGCUCAUUAAUCCUCUAAGCUUUAGAAUA